AGGACAGACAGACAGAGAGAGAGAGAGAGAGAGAGAGAGAGAGAGAGAAGCGCGUGCGGCUUGGGAUUAACGACCCCCAGAGUGUCCUGAUGGAGGAGUACAGCUCAGCACUGCUCUCGCUCUGACUCCCGCCUGCUCCGCUCCGCUCCGCUGGGGAAAGAAGGUGGCAUUGAGUGUGACCGGGUGUGUUUGUUCAGUGUUCGUGCGGUAAACGGAAAGCCCACGGUUUCGGUGUGUGUACCGUGCGCGCGCUUGGAGACCACUAGCUAUGGACGCACCAGCAAGGAACGCAGCGCGCGGACCAGAGAGGAGCAGAAAAUCCGCCAAAUGCUCCGGUACGGCAGCAUGGACUCGUUUACCGAGCAGAAUAGGCACUUUUUACGCGAUCGCUAUCAUGUGCACGAAAGUGCUAUAUGUGCAGACCUCAUCUCUGCAGUUUUCCAAAGAGCCUAAGUCUCAGGAUGCUCUGCAUGGCCGCAGCGCGAUGCUGCGCUGUGAAGUCAGUGAGGCGGGGGGUGUGAGUUACUCUUGGCUGCUGAAUGGUCAGCCUGUGAUGCACUCCGAGCGGCGCUUCCGAGAAGGCAGCAACCUCAAGUUCACUGCUGUGGACCGGCACCUGGACACUGGCAACUUCCAAUGUGUGGCCAUGAGUGUGGCCAGUGGAGAGGUGGCCACCUCCCCCAAUGCCUCCUUCAACAUCAAGUGGUUGGAAAGUGGGCCGGUCAUUCUGAAAGAACCCGCCUCCGAACAGGAGAUAGAUGAUGCUGAGCUGAUCGUUUUACAGUGCCAGAUUGAUGGACACCCAAGACCAAACAGUAAGUGGUUCAAAGAUGGAGCAGCACUGUCUGUUAAAGAGAGAACCUUCACUGUGAAAAAUCCAGUCCCUGGAGACUCAGGCAUCUAUAGCUGCUGCGCACGUAAUGGAGCAGGACAAGUCUGCAGCAAGUCCAACUUCACCCUCAGCAUUAAAGAUAAGACAAUUCCUCGGCUGAUUUUGGCUCCAGAGGAUCAGGUGGUGUUUAGGAAUGAAGAAGCUGUGUUUCAUUGUCAGUUCUCAGCCAAACCUCCACCUCUCAUAGAGUGGCUCCAUGAGGAUGAGCCAGUGGUCAACAAGACACGGGUGACGGUGUAUAAUAACGGCACUCUGCGGAUCACUCAGGUAAAGAAUCGGAGCACAGGGCGGUACAGGUGUCUGGCUCGUUAUGGAGCUGAUAAGGAGGUGCAUGCAGAUGCUACUUUGCACAUUGCAGAGAUAGAAGAGAUGGGGGGCAGGCUGUCCAAGUUUUUCUCUCCUAACCGUGUGGAGAGGGUGACAUGUGAGCCACCACGGGGCCGUCCGGUGCCAGAGGUGUGGUGGGAGUCGGGAGGUGAGAGAGUGCCCUCUGAAGGACGAGUGCAUCAGCAGGGUUUGGACCUAAUCUUUAACCCGACUGAGGGUGGAGACUCAGGCACAUACACGUGUGUGGCCCAAAGCAAGGCAGGUCAGAGAAGGCAGGAAGUCACUGUGAUUGUGGCUGGUCCCCCAGAGUGGACCAAUAGGCCUCAGGACACUUCCAUGGAGGAGGGGCAGCCAGGGUACCUUCACUGCCACGUCCAGACCACGCCUCCAGCACAUGUUAUCUGGUACAGGAACCUGCAGGAGAUCAGUGAUGAGGACACUCGGUUUAAGGUGUUUCCUAAUGGGACUCUGAGGAUAAACAGUGUAGAGGUGUAUGAUGGAGUGGUCUAUAGCUGUCAGUGCAGAACUGUGGGAGGCAUCCUGACUGGGCAAGCCAGAGUCUACAUACUAGAGAAGCUGAAGUUCACCCCUACUCCGCAGCCUUCUCAGUGUCUGCAGCUUGACAGUGAAGCCAGUGUCCAGUGUUCUGCUACGGGCCGAGAGGCACCCAUUAUACAGUGGACCAGAGCAGAUGGCAGUGCUGUUCCCUCUCAUGUGGAUCAGGUGAAUGGGGCUUUGCACUUUGGUAAGGUGAUGCGGAGUGAUGCAGGGAAUUACACUUGUGUGGCCAGUAACAGCAUGCAGGGAGAAAUCAAAGCCUCCGUCUCCCUCACUGUAGGAGUCUAUAUAGAGUUUAAGCUGGAACCAGAAUACACCACAGUAUACCAGGGCCACACAGCCAUGCUGCACUGCCAGGCUACAGGAGACCCUCCGCCCUACAUCCAGUGGAUCAUCAAAGACAAGCCCCUCACUGUGAGCUCCGGCAGGUUCCAAAAUAUGCCCAAUGGUUCUCUAGUUAUCAGUGAUGUCAGUACUGAAGACACAGGGAAGUACAUAUGUAUUGCUGGCAACAGCUGCAGCAUCAGAGACCGUGUGGCACAACUCUAUGUUGUGGAGAAGCCAAAGCACAACCACGAUGACGACGAGGUGAAGACACCAUACAAGAUGAUCCAGACCAUCGGCCUGUCUGUGGGAGCAGCCGUCGCUUACAUCAUCGCCGUGCUGGGCCUUAUGUUCUACUGCAAGCAGAGACGGAACGCCAAAAGACUGCAGAAAGGACAGGACGGGGAGGAGCCGGAGAUGGAGUGCCUUAAUGGAGAGGCUGUGCAGCAGAAUGGUCAAACUACAGCUGAGAUCCAGGAAGAAGUGGCCCUCACCAAUCUGGGGACCAUGGCAACCACUGAGAAACGGCACAGCAACACUGACAAGCUCCACUUUCCCAGAGCAGACUUGCAGACCAUCACUACACUGGGUAAAGGGGAUUUUGGGGACGUGUUCUUGGCUAAAGCACGGGGGAUUGAAGAAGGGGAGGAGGAGACGGUGGUGCUGGUGAAGAGUCUGCAGAGCAGAGAUGAGCUCUCACAGGCUGAGUUCAAGCGGCAGGUUGAAAUGUUCAGCAAGCUCAGUCAUCCCAACAUUGUCCGCCUGCUCGGCCUGUGCAGAGACAAUGAACCACACUACAUCAUUCUGGAAUAUGUAGACCUGGGCGAUCUCAAGCAAUUCUUGAGAAUAUCAAAAAGCAAAGAUGAAAAACUCAAACCACAGCCCAUCAGCACCAAAACAAAAGUGUCCAUCUGUGCGCAGGUAGCUGCGGGGAUGGAGCACCUGUCUAACCAGCGCUUCGUUCAUAAAGACCUGGCAGCACGUAACUGCCUAAUCAGCGGCCAGAGACAGGUCAAGGUGUCUGCACUCGGUCUGAGCAAGGACGUCUAUAACAGUGAGUAUUACCACUACAAGCAGAAAUGGAUCCCGUUGCGCUGGCUCCCCACUGAGUCUGUCGUUGAUGACGACUUUUCCACCAAAUCUGAUGUGUGGGCUUUCGGUGUGCUGAUGUGGGAAGUGUUCAGCCAUGGAGAGCUGCCCUACUCAACACUCAGCCACGAGGAGGUGCUGGAAGGUCUUCAGGCUGGAACUCUGAAGCUUUCUGCUCCCGAGACCUGUCCUUCUAAAGUCUACAAACUGAUGACCCGCUGCUGUGCUCUCAGCCUUAAAGAGCGGCCGUCUUUCAGUGAGCUGGUCCAGGCCUUGGCGGACAUUCCUUUAGACAGCAAGGUGUGAGGAGCACAUGUGCGACUCAUUCCACCUGCACUGGUGGAGCUAAACCUGUCCAUUUCUGCUCUGAUACAAUCACAGACUCAGACUGGGUCCCACACAUUUCAGGGAGCAAGAGUGUGUGAGUGACAGAUGGAGAAGUUGAUAUCAGGGCAAUCCGUCGGUAUUGAUUUGUGUGUGUGUGUGUGUGUGUGUGUGUGUGAGUGUGAGGACCCUAAGGAGUUUUAUUUGCCUUAACCAUGGCAUGAAAGGACACCCUGCUGCCCCUUCGAUGGCCUGUUUACUUUUUUGAUCUUCAUUUUGCGUCUCUUCUACCCUGAGAUUCUUCCUCUUCUUUGUCUCUGGAGCCUCGGACUCUUCUAGGAGCUACCUCUGCGAGGGGUACGACUUUUGACCUCAACUCUUCACCUCUGCCAGCGCAGGACAAUCCCAACACAUCAACAUCAGGGGCGAAAACCCUCGAGCUGGCCGCAGGGCCACUGGCAAUGCUGGACUCAACAAUGUGCUAAUGCUUGGCUCAAAGACUUGAAGUUGCUGUGCAUAUUUGUUUUGUUGCAGGAUGUGUGUGUGUGUGUGUGUGUGUGUGUGUGUGUGUGUGUGUGUGUGUGUGUGUGUGUGUGUGUGUGUGUGUGUGUGUGUGUGUGUGUGUGUGUGUGUGUGUGUGUGUGCGCUUACGCACGCUUGUGAAGCUUUUUUUGUUCUGUUUAUUUACGAGUUGUGGAUCAGGGUAUAAGUCAAACACAACAAGGUUUGCCAUGAAGGGUGAUGGCCUGUUACUUAUGGCUCUAAGCUCUGGAUUCUCUGAGGGUGAAAAGAUAAAUAGUACAGGAUGAAUUUUUCAAUCAGAAUACUCAGACAAUGAGUCUGUACCGUGAACUUUUCGUGUGGAUGUCGGUGUAAGGGGAGUGAGUGGUUUUUAUCACGAUUGUACUUAAAUAUUUUUAAUAUUUACCUUUUUUAUUUUUACCUUGAGGUGCUCAUAUGGGACAAGAAUAUUCCAAUGGAGACAACUUGCAAUACAUCUUAUUGCCUAAACUCCUAAAGCCAUGAUGAACAAUGUAUUUCUGCAUAGCAACGUUUUAUAACCACAUCACUGUAAUUACAGUACUUGCUUGGCGACGUCCUUGUUACACUCAUUAAUACAGAGACCGUGCACUAAUUUCACUUAAAAUGUCAUUUUAUAUAUUAGCUUAUUACUUUAACAUAGAAGGAUGUACGAGAGCCUUUAUUUAUGAUGAAGGUUCUGUCUUUUUGUUGUUGUUUUUUUAUACAUCUUUUUUUAAUGGAAAGGUACUCCGUGAUCCUUUUAUACAGACAUAUAUAUUCAACCCAUUAUGACAACUCAUUUUGCAGUUUGGCAGGUGUUGUAGGCUGACCUGUUGGGUAAGUGGAUGUUUCAGUGGUCACUAUCAACUGUUAAGACCACAAGUGCCUAGGACAUGAAGGAAUAUUUACUGUUUUUGUGUUGUUGGUUUUUUUUUUUUUGUUUGUUUUAUUUGGACAAUUUGCUUUCCAUACAGUUGCCUCUUUGUUUUAAUGAAUUGUUUUAUAUAUAUAUAACCUUUUCUUAUAAUGUUAACUGUUUGUUUGUUCAUUUCUAUGAACAAAUACAUAGUCCAUGCCUUUUUUUUUAAGUAAGUACAUGCUAGGCACUCACACCUAGAAUGCUUUUUUUUUGUUAUUCUACUUUAGCAAAGGUCACAAUAAUCACAAUGUAUGCUGCUCUCAUUAAACAUUCACGUUUUUAA